AUGGUAACCCGUCCGUGGGAGCCUCACCAUCCUCCCCCUCGCACAGAGCCUGGUGUUAGGGAAUUUCGGUACAUACGACCUCCUUCCUUAUUUGGUGCUGGCGGACCUCUAGCAGUAGAGGAGUUCCUUAAGGUUACCGAGACCAUUCUCAUAGUGACCUGUAUUGCUCAUGUAGAGUGGACAGACCUUAUGGAUGUCCAGCUCACCGAUACUGCACGAAUUUGGUGGACGGUCGAGAAGACCCAUCUUGUGAGGCUGAUUUCAUGGGAGACAUUCACAGAGCGUUUCAACUGGAAGUAUUUCCCCCAGUCUUCUAGAGACGAGCUUCUUCGUCAGUUUGUCAAGCUCAAGCAGAGAGGUCGAUCGGUUGAUGAGUACGAGGCUGAGUUCUCCUCUCUUAGCCGGUAUGCUCCUCACCUAGUUACUGACCCCACCAUCAGGAGGCAUCAGUUCCAAAAGGGUCUGGAUAAGUAUAUCAAGUUUGCUCUGGCUAGUAGGGCACUUGCGACUCAUGACGUCGUGCUAGACGUAGCUCGCGAGAUAGAGAGUGUUCAGAAGUGGACAGCAUCCACAUCGAAGAAGAAGUCAAAAGGCAAGGGAAAAGAGAAGUCAUGUUAUGGAGCCUCAGCGAUUCCUGAGAAGAAUGAUGAGGAGAUCCCAGCUUUACCACUUUCUGAAGGAGAACAAGAAGUUCUCGCUACAAGAAGUGGGAAUGAGUACCAUUAUAAAUAA